UAAAAUUCACGACCCUCUUUCGUCUCUCUUCCCACAUCCUCCGCCGCCUGUCAAAUCCCUCACCCAACCCUCUCUUGCCUCCGACGGUCCAGGAAAUCAAAUAAGGCUUUCAGGAAGCCAUCCAUGGAUCUUAUCCAAUCGUAUGCAGAUAGUAGUGAUGGUGAAGGCCAAUCUCACCAGCCAUCUACCUCAUCUCCAGACUCUUCACCCCUACGACUCAUACCCUCCAAAUCUGCUGCACCCAAGGUUGAUGACACAAUGCUGGCCCUAACUGCAGCAAAAGCUCACCAAGCCCAUUCGAAGCCCAUUGAUCCAACCCAACAUGUUGUUUCCUUCAAUCCAACCUAUGACCAACUUUGGGCUCCUAUCUAUGGCCCAGCUCAUCCAUAUGCCAAGGAUGGCAUUGCCCAGGGCAUGCGCAACCACAAGCUGGGAUUUGUUGAGGAUGCCUCCAUUGAAUCUUUUGUUUUUGAUGAACAAUACAACACCUUCCACAAAUAUGGUUAUGCUGCUGACCCUUCGGGAAACAACUAUAUUGGUGAUUUGGAUGCUUUGCAGAAGAAUGAUGCCAUUUCAGUCUAUAACAUCCCACAACAUGAGCAAAAGAAGCGAAGAAUUGAGAAAAAGGACGAUGAGAUGGAAGAGGAUGAGGUUUUGGGUGGUGAGAAUGAGGUUGAUCCAACAGAGAUUGAUAAUCCAGCUAGUGAUGUGUGGUUGAUGAAGAAUAAAAAGAGUCCUUGGGCAGGUAAAAAAGAGGGGUUGCAAACAGAGUUGACUGAGGAGCAAAAGAAGUAUGCGGAGGAGUAUGCAAAGAAGAAAGAAGAGAAAGGCCAUCAAGGUGAGAAAGGUGAGCACGUGGUGGAUAAAACUACUUUUCAUGGAAAAGAGGAGAGAGACUACCAAGGAAGGUCUUGGAUUGCUCCUCCUAAAGAUGCAAAAGCAACCAACGAUCAUUGUUACAUACCAAAGAGAUUGGUACAUACUUGGAGUGGGCACACUAAGGGUGUCUCAGCUAUUAGGUUCUUCCCCAAAUAUGGCCAUUUGAUUCUCUCUGCUGGGAUGGAUACUAAAGUGAAGAUCUGGGAUGUGUUCAAUUCAGGCAAGUGUAUGAGAACAUACAUGGGUCAUUCAAAGGCAGUGAGAGAUAUUUCAUUUUGUAACGAUGGCACUAAAUUUUUGACAGCCGGAUAUGACAAAAACAUCAAAUAUUGGGAUACUGAAACCGGGCAGGUUAUUUCUACUUUCUCAACUGGGAAGAUUCCUUAUGUAGUUAAGCUUAACCCUGAUGAAGGUAAGCAGAAUAUUCUGUUAGCGGGUAUGAGUGAUAAAAAGAUUGUUCAGUGGGAUAUUAAUACUGGACAAAUUACACAAGAGUAUGAUCAGCAUUUAGGGGCAGUGAAUACCAUUACGUUUGUUGAUAACAACCGGAGGUUUGUUACUUCAAGUGAUGAUAAGUCUCUUCGAGUAUGGGAAUUUGGAAUUCCUGUUGUUAUAAAGUAUAUUAGUGAGCCUCACAUGCACUCUAUGCCAUCUAUUUCACUUCACCCCAACAAUAAUUGGCUUGCUGCUCAAAGUUUGGAUAAUCAAAUUCUUAUUUACAGCACCCGUGAAAGAUUUCAGCUUAACAAAAAGAAAAGGUUUGCUGGGCACAUUGUGGCUGGCUAUGCUUGUCAAGUCAACUUUUCACCAGAUGGACGGUUUGUUAUGUCAGGAGAUGGAGAGGGUAAGUGCUGGUUUUGGGACUGGAAGAGCUGCAAAGUAUUUAGAACUCUCAAGUGCCAUGAGGGAGUUUGCAUUGGGUGUGAGUGGCAUCCUUUGGAGCAAAGUAAAGUCGCAACUUGUGGCUGGGAUGGCUUGAUCAAGUACUGGGACUAACCUUGUUUGUAAGUGUUUUGGUACGAGAAGACCGGAGAAGGCAGCCAAGUUGAGUUUAGAAAACGGGAUUGGAGUCUGUUGGAAAUCAAGUGCUCUUAAGAAAAUGACGUGACUGUGUAACAAUAUCUUCUUUUAAGUUGUAAAGCUUUCGCAAGAUGUUGUGGUCAACUGUGAUGGAAUUUCUAGUUUUCUACUUAUGUUGUUGCCUGCCUGUUAGUGGAUUAUAGAUAAGAUGCUCAGUAAUUUCUAUUUAUUCUU